AUGCCUGAGCCGGCAAAAUCCGCCCCGGCGUCCAAGAAGGGCUCGAAGAAAGCUGUCACCAAAGCCCAGAAGAAGGACGGCAGGAAGCGCAAGCGCAGCCGCAAGGAGAGCUAUUCCAUCUAUGUGUACAAGGUACUGAAGCAAGUGCACCCGGACACCGGCAUCUCGUCCAAGGCCAUGGGCAUCAUGAACUCGUUCGUCAACGACAUCUUCGAGCGCAUCGCGGGCGAAGCGUCGCGCCUGGCGCAUUACAAUAAGCGCUCGACCAUCACCUCCCGGGAGAUCCAGACGGCCGUGCGCCUGCUGCUGCCCGGCGAGCUGGCCAAGCACGCCGUGUCCGAGGGCACCAAGGCGGUCACCAAGUACACCAGCUCCAAGUGAGUUCCUGCCGGGAUGCGGCACGCGCAUGAGUCGCCGGGCCGCUUGACUUUCCAAAGGCUCUUUUCAGAGCCACCCACCUUCUCAGUGGAAGAAGCUGUCAUGUUGUUUUACACGGGUUUUUUGUAGUCCUACUUUGCUUUUUGGUUUCCUCACCUAGUGAACGUUAAUAGCAUUCACAGUCGUUAAGUACGAACACAGCCAUUUCUUCCAGAUAAGUGACGGAGUAUUCUUACCUAGUUUGGGAGAAGCUGAUGGGGUAUAGAUGUGCUGCGUUUUGUCAGAACUUUUGAAACUGGCUGUUUCAAUGAUGUUUUUUAUGAACUUAGGUAUGCAAGGUGAAGUUGGAAUAUCAAAGGUGCGACCAUCUGGUGUUCCCAUCCCAAGUGGUAAAACAGUGGUUGUAAUUAAUUUUUUGUACUGUGUGCUCGGUGUUUAUAAAAAAGGAAUAACUCAACUUUCAA